AUGGUGCAAGCAGAGAAUGUUGAACGAGAUAACACAAUAAAUCGGACAAUAGAUGUGGAUAACAUGAUUCUUUUAAGACAUCUUUACGGUUUAGCAGAAACCAUCUAUCAGGCAGCCGUACGUGAGCAGGUUGAUCAGGUUGUAGUUAUCAGUGGUGAAUCGGGUUCAGGGAAAACGGAAGCAUUCAAAAGAAUUACUCGAUAUCUGGCAGCGGCAAGCGAACCAAGGGGAACAGAACUAGGUUCGGUUGCUCGUCGUGUUCUUGACAGUACUCCCGUUCUGGAAAGUUUUGGAAAUGCAACAACCGUUCGUAAUGAUAACUCUUCUCGUUUUGGCAAAUACGUGGAGAUUUUCAUGGCCAACUCCAUCAUUGUCGGAGCCAAACUUACGAACUACUUGCUAGAAAAGUCAAGAAUUGUUCGUCUCGGUGAAAAAGAACGCAAUUAUCACUUAUUUUACGAACUGCUUAGUUCGUUGGAUGAUGCCAGUAAAGAACGACACUUUUUGAAGAAUGUUGAGGAUUACAAGUAUCUUAUUCAUGUGAGUAAACCCUACAGUUAA